AUGAAUAUUUCUUUCAAUCGCAUUCAACGAGAAUGCAAGGAGUUAUACACCAGUAAUGAACUUUCCGAGAUUGGAAUUAUGAUCGAGGUUCUCGAUGAGACGUUAACAAAUAUUCGAGGAGAAAUUCGAGGUCCACCUGAUACACCUUAUGAAGGUGGUAAAUAUUCGAUAGAAAUGCUUAUACCACCCGAAUAUCCUUUUCAACCACCGAAGUGUAAAUUUAUCACGAAAAUUUGGCAUCCAAAUAUUAGCUCACAGACAGGGUCGAUAUGUUUGGACAUUUUGAAGACUGAAUGGGCAGCUUCAUUAACAUUAAGAACUGUACUACUGAGUAUUCAGUCGUUGCUUUCUCUUCCAGAACCGUUGGAUCCACAAGAUGCUGUUGUUGCAAAGCAAUUUCUCACUUGCCGCCAAACGUUCGAUAGAACGGCAAAAUUUUGGGCUCAGCGUUACGCGAGAGCUAAGCAAAAUGAACCAUUCGAUUCAGAAUUUGUUGAUAAAAUUGAAAGACUCCGAGAUAUGGGUUUCGACGAAGAGUCAGUAGUACGAGCACUUAGUCAUAAUCAAUGGGAUGUAUCGAAUGCACUAAAGAAUAUUUGUUCUUUAUAA